AUGCAAUCCUUAUUUUCAUCAACAACCCUCAUCUUCGGUGUGCUGGCCACAUCCGUCCUCGCCAAACCUCAGUACGACUACGGCAGUUCUGGCUCUUCGACUUCUGCCAUGUCGUCAGCCACUGCAACCGCCGCCGCCUCUUCUGCCUCGGGCAUUCACUCUGUCAAAGUCGGACCCGGCCUCACCUUCACACCAGACACUGUCACCGCCGCACAAGGCGACUGGGUUGAAUUCACCUUCGGCGCUGGCCACAGUGUUGCGCAGAGUUCAUUCAAUGCCCCUUGCGUACCAAUCAGUGGUAGCGCGGGCGUGUACUCGGGAUUCCCUAACGAUGGGGAUGUGUGGCGGAUUCAGAUCAACAGCACUGAUCCACUGUGGCUUUAUUGCUCGGCCACUGGCCACUGCGAGGGUGGAAUGGCUAUGGUUGUGAAUCCCCCGUCAAGCGGCAACACGCUGUCCUCAUACAAAUCUGCCGCCCAAAACGCCCAGGGUUCCUCCCCGGAAACCGUUCAAGGUGGCAUUUUUGGUGCCGCUGUCGCCAGCUCAAGCAGCAGUAGUGCUUCCGGUUCUUCAACGGCCAGUGCAACAGGAUCCAGCGCCAGCGCCUCCGCUUCUGGCAACGCCGCCGGAGUGAACAUGGUGUCGAACGGACUGAUGGUCCUUGGGGCUGUCGCUGCCGGUGUUGCAGCUGUUUUGUGA